AUGAAGGUCUUCAGCUUACAAGUCUUUUGUAUUAUACUUCAUGCUGGAAUCCUUCAUUGUCAUCCUCAGGCUCGUUACACAUUUGUGGUGGAGGAAACUCCAUACACAAGACUUUGCAACAAUAAUACCAUCUUGACGGUGAACGGACAGUUUCCAGGACCGACGCUAUAUGUAAACAGAGGAGAUACAAUCAUUGUAGAUGUUAUCAACAACGCCAACUAUAACAUCACACUUCACUGGCAUGGAGUGAACCAGCCUCGGAAUCCAUGGUCUGAUGGUCCUGAAUGGAUCACACAAUGCCCUAUCCAACCAGGAGCAAACUUUACUCAGACGAUAAUAUUUUCAAAAGAAGAAGGGACUCUUUGGUGGCAUGCCCAUAGCGAUUGGGCAAGAGCAACGGUUCAUGGUAUUGUAGUAAUAUAUCCCGAGAAUGGAAACAGCUAUCCGUUUCCAAAACCUGACGUUGAAGUUCCUAUUAUAUUAGGUGAGUGGUGGAAGAGCAAUAUUUAUGAUGUGUAUGAUGAAUCUCUGCGGACCGGAGGGGAUCCAAAUAUUUCGGAUGCAUACAUGAUCAAUGGUCAACCUGGCGAUCUGUAUCCGUGCUCAAGUCCAGGAACAUUUAUGCUAAAUGUUGACUAUGGCUUGACUUAUCUUCUCCGGAUAAUCAACGCUGUCGUGCAAGACAUUCACUUCUUCGCUGUUGCAAAUCAUUCUCUCACUGUGGUAGGAUCAGAUGCGAGCUACACGAAGCCAUUCACGAGCGAUUACAUUACAAUUUCCCCUGGUCAAACCAUUGAUGUCCUGUUAUACGCUAAUCAAAAGCCUGAUUAUUACUACAUGGCAGCUAAAACUUACGCCAGCGUAUUUAAUACUUCUUUUGAUAACACAACGACCACAGCUAUUAUUCAAUACAAUGGAAACUACACUCCGUCGUCAACACCCUCAUUCCCUAAUCUUCCCCUUUAUAACGACACAAACGCGUCAGUGAAUUUCACCGGAAGACUUCGAAGCUUAGCCGAUGUAAAUCACCCUGUUGAUGUCCCGACCAAUAUUACUUACGAAUUCUUUUACACACUUUCAGUGAAUGCAUUUCCGUGUCCAAACAGUUCAUGUGCUGGAAUAAACGGGACAAGACUUUCUUCUAGUGUAAACAAUAUAAGCUUCGUGUACCCAUCCAUCGAUAUACUAGAAGCUUAUUAUAACAGCAUCAAUGGAGUCUUUGGAACUCAGUUUCCAGAUUUUCCACCAUUGGUGUUCAAUUACACAGCUCAAAAUUUGCCAUUGGAAUUUGAGAUACCACGACGAGCCACUGAGGUGAGAGUCCUAGAUUAUAACUCUACAAUUGAGCUUGUUUUUCAAGGAACAAAUCUUCUUGCGGGGGCAGAUCACCCCAUGCAUUUACAUGGAUUCAGUUUCUAUGUCGUUGGAUGGGGACUCGGAAAUUUCGACAAAGAUAAAGAUCCAUUGAAUUAUAAUCUUUUCGAUCCUCCUCUUCAAAACACCAUUGCUGUCCCGAUAAACGGAUGGACCACCAUUCGAUUCAAGGCAAAUAAUCCCGGAGUAUGGUUCAUGCACUGCCAUUUAGAUAGACACUGAGCUGGGUGAAUACGGUUUUAUGUGAGAAACGGCAACGCAUCAAAUGCACGUCUGUUACCUCCUCCAAGCAUGCCACCUGUUGAUUGUUGAAGCUAUUUUUAUCUUAGUUAAAUUAUAAAGAAUUUGCCAUCGAUCAUUGACUUCAUAUAUUCGUUCGCAGUUGUAAUUUCAAUAUGACAAUAUUGAAUCUCGCAAAUUUUGUGUGAGCAUUCGGAAUUGUAAAGAGUUGU